AUGGGAGACGCGAUUAAGGAGCGCACAGCCAGGCUGCUGAUGGACUACCUGGAGUACUGCGCCCGCGAGCCCGGCACCCCCGCGCGGGCGCCGUGCACGCUCGAGGCCGCCGUGCUGCCCGUGGCCGCCCGGAUACAGGAGACCAACCUGCACUACUUGUCCCAAUACCGCGGCUUCCGCGGGAACCGCGUCGAGCUGGUGGCCUGGAUGGCGCAGGAGCUACUCGCCAACAACCGUGGUGGCCCCAGCUGGGGCCGCGUGGCAGCGCUCGUGACUUUCGCGGGGACGCUGCUGGAGAGGCCGCCGCCGGGGGCCCGUAGGCGGAAGAAGACGGAGAAUGAAGACGCUAGCAGGCACUGCCGGUUCCUGGUGGCCUUGGUGUGUGCUCAGCUCUCCGGACGGCAAGGAUGGAUUUUGUCUUUUCUUCCAAUGCUCAUUGCAGCCAUCUUGGGAAAGACAGCUGGUCUGGGUUUUUCUCUGAUACUGUACAGCAAUGAUCUUAAUCUACUUCUGUUCAAAAUUAUCUGCCUGCUGGAAUCUGCGUCCAUCUGUCCUUUCGGAGCCCACACAGACCCAACCAAGCUUGCUAGCAGCCAGGGGAAAAGCACCCGUGAGGACAAGAAGCCAGCCCAGAUCUGUUUCAGCAACAUCUUCGUGGCCAAAGCUGUUGCCGAUGCUAUUAGAUCAAGACUUGGACCAAAAGGAAUGGAUAAAAUGAUUCAAGAUGGAAGAGGUGAUGUGACCAUUACAGAUGGUGCUACCAUUCUGAAACAAACACAGGUGUUACAUCCAACAGCCAGAAUGCCGGUAGCUAAGGCUCAAGAGAAAGAAGGAAAUGGCACCACAUCAGCGGUCAUCGUUGCUGGCUCUCUCUUUGAUUCCUGUAGCAGGUUUUUUCAGAAAUGGAUUCAUCAUUUCCAAAUCACUUUAGAAGGAUUUGGAAAGGGUAUUGAAAUUGACAUGCCGUGACCUGUGGAACCGAGUGACAGAGAAGUGUUGUUAAACAAUGCAGCCACUUCAUUGAGCUCAGCAGUUGUCUCUCAGUAUUCAAGUCUCUCUUACAUGAGUGUAAAUGCAGGGAGGAAAGUGAUUGAUCCAGCCACAGCUACUGGUGUAGAUCUCAGAGGAUGUCAGAUAAAAAGGAAACUUGGUGGGACAAUUGAUGAUUUUGUGUUGGUGGAAGGGCUGGUUCUCACCCGAAAGGUGGCCAAUUCUGACAUAUCCAGAGUUGAAAAGAUUAAGAUUGGGCUAAAAACAGAUCAUGAUAAUCAAACAGUUUCUGAUAUGCCCACAUGGAUGGAGCCCUGAGGAAAGACAGACUAUAUUCUAAAUUUAAUGAAGCAAAUUUUAAAAACGGAUGUAUUUUCUUUCUCAUACAGAAGUCUAUUCUUAAGACAUGCUCUUAGUGAUGUUGUAUUAAAUUUCCUGAUCAAAAUGAAGAUUGUGGUAGUUAAGGACAUUGAAAGAGAAAAUAUUGGAACCAAGCCAAUUGCUCAUACUGACCAAUUAACUGCUGACAUGCUGGGUUUGGCUGAAUGAGCUGAGGGGGUCAAUUUACAUGGUUCUGGCACACUGCUCAAGAUUACAGGCUAUAUUAUCCCAGGAAAAGUUACAGCUGUUGUUCCUGGUUCUAACACAUUGGUGAUGGAAGAAGCCGGGCCCUCAGUUCAUGAUGCCCUAUGUGUUAUUCAUUGUUUAGUAAAGCAGAGAGCUCUUAUUGCAGGAGGUAGUGCUCCAGAGAUAGAGUGGGCCCUGUGGUUAACUGGAUAUUCACGAACAUUGAGUGGUAUGAAAUCCUACUGCAUUCAUGCCUUUGCAGAUGUUACGGAGCUCAUUCCAUCUACACUAGCUGAAACUGCUGGACUGAAUCCCAUGUCUACAGUCACAGAACUAAGAAAACCGGCAUGCUGAGGAAAAACUAUAGGCAUUAAUGUCCAAAAGGAUGGUAUUUCCAACGUUUUGGAGGAACUGGUUAUUCAGCCUUUGUUGGUUUCAGUCAGUGUACUGACUCUAGCAACUGAAACUCUAAUUUGA